AUGUUCCCUAAGUCCUUAGCACCCCAAUUCCACGGUCCCUCCCUCGGCCUGCUCGCAGCGCUGAGCGUAUGUCUUGUUCUGAAUUUGACCGCCCUCCUCUUCUCCCUUCCCAUUUUCACGCGCGGAACGCGGGAAUACACCUACCUCGCCGGCAACCGACCUCGCGAGCUCCCUUUAAAGGUCCGCACCAUCCAAGCCGCCUUCCAUGACGACCCCUCCCACUACGGGAUGGAAGGCACCACGGCCACAGCUGAAUGGAACGCAAUCCGCCCUGCCGGCAAGGGGUUCGUGUUUUUAGGGGAGGAGCACUUCGCAUUUGGGGUGUCGAUGUGGCACCAGAUGCAUUGCCUUAACCACAUACGCGCGGUGCUGGUCAACGGGGAUGACGGGUCGGAUCAUACGGAGCACUGCUUCCAUUACCUCCGGCAGGGCAUUCUCUGCGCCGCCGAUACAACCCUAGAGGCGGGCGGCACGAGCAUGAAGUUGGCCAACGGGGAUAAAGUCGCUGCGGGCGGAGGAACUGUGCAUACCUGCCGGGACUGGAGACAGGUGUAUGAUUGGAUGGAAAGCCAGCAUGCGGAGUGGACACAGGACGCAUAUGAGAGGUUUCAGGAGGCUAGUCAAUGA